GAAAGAGGACUAAGUAAGCGUCGUUUUAACUAAAAUUAAGGGCACAUUUGAGUAAUUUGGAGAUUAUGAAGCUAUUUUGACCGUUUUCUUCCGUUUUCAAGACUAUUAUAUCUUCAAAAUGAAUACUAAAAAGGAUUAUUCAGCUGUUUCAAGCCUUAUGAGAGAGGAUUCGAACUCGAUAUGAUUAGCAAUACAGUCAAUUUGGAUAAUUUGGAGAGUUUCCUUGGAAUUUCGACCGUUUUCUUCCGUUUCCAAGACUAUUAUGUAUUCAAAAUGAAUAAUAAAAAGGAUUAUAAAGCUGUUUCAAGCCUUAUAAGAGAGGAUUUGAACUCUAUACGACUAGCAAAACAGUCAAUUUGGAUAAUUUGGAGAGCUUCUUUGGAAUUUUGACAGUUUUCUUUCGUUUUCAAGACUAUUAUGUCUUCAAAAUGAAUACUAAAAAGGAUUAUUCAGCUGUUUCAAGCCUUAUAAGAGAGGAUUCGAACUCGAUAUGACUAACAAUACAGUCAAUUUGGAUAAUUUGGAGAGUUUCCUUUGAAUUUCGACCGUUUUCAUCCGUUUUCAAGACUAUUAUGUCUUUAAAAUGAAUACUAAAAAGGAUUAUAAUGCUGUUUCAAGCCUUAUGAGUGAGCAUUAGAACUCGAUAUGACUAGCAAUACAGUCAAUUUGGAUAAUUUGGAGAGUUUCCUUGGAAUUUUGACAGUUUUCUUCCGUUUUCAAGACUAUUAUGUCUUCAAAAUGAAUUCUAAAAAGGUAAGAAUUGAAUUUUCUAUAAGAAUAAACCCAUUUUUAAUGAUUUUUAUUCUAUUUUUCAGGAUUAUUCAGCUGUUUCAAGCCUUAUGAGAGAGGAUUAGAACUCGAUAUGACUAGCAAUACAGUCAAUUUGGAUAAUUUGGAGAGUUUCCUUGGAAUUUUGACAGUUUUCUUCCAUUUUCAAGACUAUUAUGCCUUCAAAUUGAAUACUGAAAAGGAUUAUAAUGCUGUUUCAAGCCUUAUGAGAGAGGAUUAGAACUCGAUAUGACUAGCAAUACAGUCAAUUUGGAUAAUUUGGAGAGUUUCCUUGGAAAUUUGAUCGUUUUCUUCCGUUUUCAAGACUAUUAUGUUUUCAAAAUGAAUACUAAAAAGGAUUAUAAUGCUGUUUCAAGCCUUAUGAGAGAGGAUUAGAACUCGAUAUGACUAGCAAUACAGUCAAUUUGGAUAAUUUGGAGAGUUUCCUUGGAAUUUUGACAGUUUUCUUCCAUUUUCAAGACUAUUAUGCCUUCAAAUUGAAUACUGAAAAGGAUUAUUCAGCUGUUUCAAGCCUUAUGAGAGAGGAUUAGAACUCGAUAUGACUAACAAUGCAGUCAAUUUGGAUAAUUUGGAGAGUUUUCUUGGAAAUUUGAUCGUUUUCUUCCGUUUUCAAGACUAUUAUGUCUUCAAAAUGAAUACUAAAAAGGAUUAUAAUGCUGUUUCAAGCCUUAUGAGUGAGCAUUAGAACUCGAUAUGACUAACAAUACAGUCAAUUUGGAUAAUUUGGAGAGUUUCCUUGGAAUUUCGACAGUUUUCUUCCAUUUUCAAGACUAUUAUGUCUUCAAAAUGAAUACUAAAAAGGUAAGAAUUGAAUUUUCUAUUAGAAUAAAUCCAUUUUUAAUGAUUCUUUUUCUAUUUUUCAGGAUUAUUCAGCUGUUUCAAGCCUUAUGAGAGAGGAUUAGAACUCGAUAUGACUAGCAAUACAGUCAAUUUGGAUAAUUUGGAGAGUUUCCUUUGAAUUUCGACCGUUUUCUUCCGUUUUCAAGACUAUUAUGUUUUCAAAAUGAAUACUAAAAAGGAUUAUAAUGCUGUUUCAAGCCUUAUGAGUGAGCAUUAGAACUCGAUAUGACUAGCAAUACAGUCAAUUUGGAUAAUUUGGAGAGUUUCCUUGGAAUUUUGACCGUUUUCUUCCGUUUUCAAGACUAUUAUGUCUUCAAAAUGAAUACUAAAAAGGAUUAUUCAGCUGUUUCAAGCCUUAUGAGAGAGGAUUAGAACUCGAUAUGACUAGCAAUACAGUCAAUUUGGAUAAUUUGGAGAGUUUCCUUGGAAUUUCGACAGUUUUC